UUGCAGCCUUGCACGCAGUCCUAAUAGUUAGACGGAUUACGGAUAUACACAUUGGUUAUUGGUUUAAUAUAAAUAUUUUUCUUGAAAUGGGAUCGCGUGCCGUUUUCAAUGAAUUUUUUUUUAAUGAUACAGACCAAGAUGCUAAUUCUGUUCUAAUCGAACUUGAUAAAGGUUUACGAUCUAUGAAGAUGGGAGAACAGUGCGAAGCGGUUAUUAGAUUUCCAAAAUUGUUCGAAAAAUACCCUUUUCCAGUUUUAAUUAACUCGUCGUUUUUAAAGUUAGCCGAGUUUUUUCGGAUUGGUUCCAAUUUGUCCAGACUAUGGAUUCUACGCGUUUGUCAACAAAGUGAGAAGCAUUUAGAAAAAAUUUUAAAUGUUGAGGAGUUUGUGAAACGAAUUUUCAUGGUGAUUCAUUCAAAUGAUCCUGUAGCGCGGGCUAUUACUUUGAGAACAUUAGGCUCUGUGGCUUGCGUGAUUCCUGAAAAGCAACAAGUUCAUCACGCAAUUCGGAAUGCUCUAGACAGCCAUGAUACUGUUGAAGUAGAAGCUGCGAUCUAUGCUAGCGUGCAGUUUGCAGCACAAUCAAAAUCUUUUGCUGUUGGGAUGUGUUCGAAAGUCGCGUCAAUGAUCGAAUCUUUACAAACACCAGUUAGCAUGAAGAUAUUACUGAUUCCGGUACUUCGUCACAUGUAUCAUGAUGCCAAUACAGCUGCGCUUGUUAGAACAUUAUGUAGAAAUUUAUUGCCAAAAUAUCCUUCAGAACAGUUUGUAAUUGCUAUUCUUCAAUCAUUGUCACAUUUGUCAUAUGUUACAUCUGUGGAUAUACCAGAUCAGGUAGAUUUAUUACUGGUGUACCUGAACGAUCCGAGAAGAAGAGUACAAUUUGCAGUUUUAAAUGCUUUAAACAAACUUGCCGAAAAAGGGGCAUAUCUUUGGUCGAACGAAUCCAUUAAUAAGUUACUAAAACUAGCUCUAAAAUGUAGUUUUCCUAAUAUGACAUUAGACGUGAUAAUUACACUUACUGGUUGUCCCACAACCUGUUCAACUAUGUUGAAUGACGAGCAAGAUCAAAUAAUUCAGAUGUGUAAACGCUGUUUGACAUUGGAUCACAAUAUCAUGGGAAAGGCGUUAACUAUUUUGACGAGUUUGAUUACGUAUUGUGACUCUGAAAACAUUUCUUCGCCGAAUUGCUUUCAAGAAUACCUCACAUUAAAUCUGGAAUACUUAAUUAAUUCGGCAUUACACAAAGAAGCCUGCCUGAAAGACUUUCGAGUAUAUCUAAAAUGCGGUAUACAUUUAGCUAAAUUGGAUGAUGAGUUUUGUUUAAUUUUUGCUGAAACGAUUUCUGAAUUAUUGUUAGAGGAUUGCGGUCUUUCUUUCCCACAUCUUAAGUUAUUGUGCGAGACGCUUGGUGCAAUCUGUUCUAAUUUCUUGACAAUCUGUGAAGAUCGUGAUCAGCAGUCUCAUCGCAAACUAUCUCGACCAUUUAAAACUAUAUUAUACCCGAUUUUGAAAAAAAUGGAGAUAUAUGCAACAUUAUCUUAUCUUGAUUCUAAUAAUACUGUAAUAGUUGAGCUGCUUGCAUCGAUUUGUUUACAAGCGGUUUUAGGAUCAAUAAUGCCAAAAAGAAUGAAGCUCAUGUUUAGUAAUCUCUUGAGGAUUUCAAACUGUUGGACGCAAUACAGAAUUGCCAGAUCGGCAUCUAGAUAUGGUCACCACUUUUUGGCAGCAACGAUAUAUCAGGCGCUAUCGAAGCAUGUUUCCCUUGAAAAACUGCAAUUCUAUUUAACUGCUAUGUGUCAAAUCUCCAAAGCCGAGUGUGUAUUAAACUAUGGUUUUGAUGUAGAAUAUAUAGAAUCAUAUUGUUUAGGUUCCCUGCCAAAUAACAUUCCAGAACUUUCGCUAUUAGAUCGAAUUGGUAAAGCAAUUAAUUUAUAUUCAAUGGCCUUAUCGACUCUUGACGCAACAUCUUCUCCACAACAUGCAAUGAAUUUCCAAUCAGAAAUAAUUAACUUGCGGUGUCACUUUUUGCAAGUACUGCAUUGCAUUGUUGUAUCCAGAAAUGUACUUUGCAUUACUCCCCCAUCAGCGAUUUCAAGCACUUUAGCACAAAACCUGCGAGAUCCAUUACAAAAAUAUGGGCACGUAACUAACCAACUGAGGAAAGAUAUAAAGAUUGUGAAAUCGUGUGAAGAGGCAUAUAACAAGCUAUAUAAAAGUUCAUUCGAUGCCGAUCCGUGUUCGUUGGAAUAUUUAGAGACGAUGCAAUAUAUGUGCUCCUCUCUGCAAACUUCUAUUGAGGCUAUUUCAUUUUUAACACCAUCAGAUCAUAAUAAACAUCCACCAACCUGCACUUACCCCGAGACAAAAUAUUUAUUGUCAAUAUGCAAUAGAGUAACAAAUGAGUUAAAAAUUUUACCGAAUGAACCAAGCUCUACAAAAUCUAUAUCAAAUAAACAUAUGGAUAUAUUACUCAAACAGAUUGAAAUAAUAGUUAAAGCCGUUGUCUGUAUUCCACGAUUUUUCUUCCAGAUUUUGCAAAAUACUUCCGUUAAAUUAGCUUUAACACCACAGCCGCGUACAGCUGGUGAACCUAUUUUCGUUCAGCCUAACAGUAGCUUCGUGAUCAAAGUCGAAGGCGUUAUUCAACAUUAUGGCAAAAUACCCUCGCUCUUCAGAGCAAUCGACCGUGUUCAGUUAACAUUAUCGACACAUUUAAUGGCGUCCAGAUUAAACGAAGCAAAGGCAAUUCUCGACAACGUUGUGUUAACUCAGACGCUGAAACCACACCGUGAGUUUCUUAGUGGAAACUUCCUCUUGUCUCUGCAAAACUCAAUGAUCGCACCCUCAGGCACUACUUUAAAUGUAGGAGGACAAUGGCAAGUUACAUUAGAGACAUGUAUAAUUGACCAACAUGGCGUUUUUUGGAUAACUGGGCCAAAAAGUACGCUGCAGGUUCGAGUUCCAGAAGACACUAAACAGGGAAUUGCAAUGCAGUCAUCCGCACGCCGCUAUUAAUCAUAAAUAUGUUUUCGGAAUGAGAAUGCCAUCUUGCUAAAUUGGCUAUAAAGCUAACUAUGUAAUCGCGGCAGUAGCUUCAAACAUGCGUCAAAAUAAAAAUUUGCUCCUUUGUUAACCAAACUGCGCUUAUUACAGUUGAAAUUAUUAUGUAACAUGAAAACUAUGACAUCUACGUUUAAAACAACGUUUUGACAUAGUACGAUGUCUUACGGCCAGGCCUGGUAUAGGGUGUCAUUCCAAAAAAUCAAAAGUGGUUAGGUUUUGAACGCUACUGUUUUACUUGACUCAUAGCGAAUAUACGUUAUGUUCGCGAGAGCUCAAAAUCAGAAAUAAGUUUAAAUGAGCAACGUUCCCUCGCUUAAUUCAUACCCCUGAAAAUAACUUACAAAAACGUUAUUUUUCAAGUGACAGUAGUAUGCAAUGCUUUCCUUGUUAACUAGAGUGUUAUUCGUGCAACAUU